GUAUGAUGUAGUUAUCCUCUUUAUCUUCAAGACAGCUUGUCUGGUAUUUAACUAGCGAUGACCAUAAUCCUGUUCAGCACAUUGUGAAGUGGUCAGGGUGAGAAGGAGAGUCAGACCAAGUCAGGAAGAAGCCAACAGGAGGUUUCCUCCAAGUCAGUGUUUCUUUGCAGCAUGGGGAAUUCUAAGAGUGGGGCACUGUCCAAGGAACUUCUGGAGGACCUGAAGUCCAAUACUAAGUACAACGAGGCCGAGCUGUGUGUCUGGUACCAGUCCUUCCUCAAGGAAUGCCCCACAGGCAGGAUCACCAAGGAGCAAUUUGAGGGCAUCUAUGCCAGCUUCUUCCCUAAUGCAGACCCUACUGAGUACGCAAGGCAUGUCUUUAGGAGCUUUGAUACCAACGCAGAUGGUCAACUGGACUUUAAGGAGUACAUUGUGGCCCUGCACCUUACCUCCGGAGGCAAGACCCUGCAGAAGCUAGAGUGGGCCUUCGCCCUCUACGACGUGGAUGGAAACGGAACCAUCAGCAAAAAUGAGAUCCAAGAGAUUGUUAAGUCAAUAUUUAACAUGAUCCCCGAGGAAGACCAAAAGGACCUGCCUGAAGAUGAGAACACACCUGAUAAGAGAGCAGACAAAGUCUGGGACUUUUUUGGAAAGAAAGAAGAUGACAAGAUUGCAGAGAGGGAAUUCAUUCAAGGAGUGAUGGACAACAAGGACAUCCUACGGUUGAUUCAGUAUGAUGAGCCCCAGAAAAUCAAGGACAAACUGAAGGAGAAGAAACAAUAGCUUUCCGACAAAAUCAUUCUUUUGAAUUCUAUAAGACUGUUCAAAGCUUUACUGUUUACAAACCCAACUCUCCUGCCAGACCUGGGCUCUUUGUGCGCUAGACAACAUUGGCAUACACAUUGAAGUACCGCACAUUGUGGUGGAUGACCUGUUUGUCUAUGAGCCACCUGGACUUUUCUUCACACUCAAAUAACUGUUCUGCGCUCUAGAAUUAUGGGUGUUCUUUUCUAUUUCCUAAUGAAAUAAUGGUUUCCAAGAUUCUGUUGCCUGCUGCUGUGUUCACCUGCAUUCUUUAGUUUAAUAAAGAGAAAGCCACCAGGAAAGGACCCACUGGGCACACACUGGUUGAAUCAAUGUUGUUUCCAUGAUAUUUCAAUGAAAUUACGUCGAACCAACAUAGAAUUGACAUCUGUGCCCAGUGGGGAGCUCCUUAUGACGGGAAUUAGGCUGAAGUUAACACUCCCUGUCUUACUAUCAAUCCUAUUAGUAUGUGAAGGUCAGUUUAGAAACAUCCUGACAGAGGUUUCUUAUUAAGGUAAUCAUGUCUAUAGAAUGUGUCUGAUAAUGUGCUUAGCAGGACUGAAACCUCAUACAAUGUACAGUAUUCAACUGGUAGAACAAAGGAAAGGGAGUCUUUUUCUUGAAUAUUGUUGAUGCUGUCAGAGACAGCUGGAAACUAUAUCAUAAAAACGCUGUGAAAAAUGACAUUAUAAAGGGGUUCUAAAAACAUUUAAAAACAUAAAUAUAUAUACUGCUUUGAGUGAACAUGCAGAUUGGUCACUUCAGGUAGCUAUGUUUUUAAAGGGAUUUAAGUAGAGAAAAAGAGUAAACGUGAUAUGUAAUAUUACAUUUUUGUUGAAUGGUUCAAUGCAUUCUAAAAAGAGCAAUACAGAUGUGCUUUCACAAAUGAGAUUUCUUUCUUGUUUGCAUUUUUAUUUCCCUUCAAUAUGCGUGUAUUUAAGUGUGUAGAGUUGUUAUGUUUUGAAAUGGUAUCAUCCCGAAUUUGAUCAUAUAAAACACCCUCUGUUGGUUUAUAUUGUUAAAGAGACAUACUAUAGUAUCAAAUACAAUAACUGUCUUUGUUUACAAGACCAAUAGUAAACAUAUAACUAAAUGAAUUGAUAAGUUAAGCUUGAGGAGCAGCCUCACCCUAUGAGAGUAGAAAGGUUCAGAACUUAUGUGACACACCACAGCACAGUUGAAAAAUAUAUGGCAAGUAGAAAUCAAAACUAGAGAUUGAUGGGAGGGACUAAAGGAAGAGGGAUAACUAAGGUAUAAUGUACUGUGCCCGUAAAAUGUAUUGUAUAAGCAGGGAGUAUAAGUCUAAGUACUGUUGUCCAUUAGCUUACUCCAAUUAAGGAAGGUUAGGGGAAAAUAAUAAAUUUGAAAAAAAUAUAUAUUGGAUAUGACGCAAACAAUUACAUUGAUAGAACCCACAAUCUGCAAUAUUAAAGAUGAUCUAGACUGAGGAGCAGCCCGCUCCAUACAUUACACACGUCAAAUAAUGAAUUACAGACAUGUGCUUUAACUCCAAUCAUAUGUCAUCUUGGCACUGAACUUGUCCAAGCUGUAAGGCCAGAAACACAAGGCUUGACUCGUUCUCUCUCUAAAGCCUGAUUUGGCUCCCAGUAAUGCAUGGUCAGGUUUCAUGUCAAUAUUCCCCCACCUGGCCUAUCUCCCUGGAUCUCCCUGGCAUAUCCACAGACAGUCAGAGGGGAGGGGAUUGACUGUAAAAGCCGGAGGCAAAAGGUUGAAUUUCAUCUGCUUAUUGGGAUGAAUCCAAUUCAUUUAAACAUGUCCCAGAACUUGAAGUAAGCCAAACUGUAUGUAAGCCAGUAUAUGAGAAUGAAACAAAACCCUUUUAAGUCUUGUCAAAUCGUAUU